GCGGGGCGAAGGGAGGACCAAAUUGGGCCGCCGGCUGCCCCGAGUAACCGCCGUGGUGGAGCAGCCCGGCGCCGCAAACCUUGUCUUCGCUUCUAGCCGACCCCUUGGAGCCCCACAACCCGGGAAGGAGGCCGCUGCCGGCCGGGCGCCCGCUCUGCUAGGCGGACUUGCAACCCGGAAAAGCGGCGCCCCGGAGCCCGGAGUUCGGAGCAGGAUCUGCUUGGACCGGGCCCCCGCGGGCCGGUGCCGCGGGCAUGUCGGAGGCGCGGAAGGGGGCCGACGAGGCGGACGAGAGCCAGUAUGAUUCCGGCAUAGAGUCUCUGCGCUCUCUGCGCUCCCUACCCGAGCCCACACCAACCCCAGCCUCCGGGCCCUCGGAUGGCGGCGGCCCCCAGCCUUGGACCCAUCCUCCGGGGACCGCCAAGGAGCCUCAGGAGAAGGAAGACACGGAUGGGGAGCGUGCUGAUUCCACGUAUGGCUCCUCUUCGCUCUCUGAGCCCCUGUCCUUGCUUGGGGGCCUCGAGGCUGUGGACCCGGCCCCACACCCAUCGCUGCCUCCCACAGGGACGCUGAGCCCUCAGCAACUGGAAGCCCUCACUUACAUCUCUGAGGACGGAGACACCCUGGUCCACCUGGCAGUGAUUCAUGAGGCCCCAGCGGUGCUACUCUGUUGUCUGGCUUUGCUGCCCCAGGAGGUCCUGGAUAUUCAGAAUAACCUUUAUCAGACAGCACUCCAUCUGGCUGUACAUCUGGACCAGCUGGGCGCAGUUCAGGCACUGGUGAUGAAGGGGGCCAGUCGGGUGCUACAGGAUCGACAUGGUGACACAGCCCUGCAUGUGGCCUGCCAGCGCCAGCACCUGGCCUGUGCCCGCUGCCUGCUGGAGGGGCAACCAGAGCCAGGCAGAGGACCAUCUCACUCCCUGGACCUCCAACUGCAAAACUGGCAAGGUCUGACCUGUCUCCACAUUGCCACCCUGAAGAGGAACCAGCCACUCAUGGAACUACUGCUUCAGAAUGGAGCUGAUAUUGAUGCACAGGAGGGUACCAGUGGGAAGACAGCAUUGCACCUAGCCGUGGAAACCCAGGAGCGAGGCCUGGUGCAGUUCCUGCUCCAGUCUGGAGCCCGGGUGGAUGCCCGCAUGCUGAACGGUUGCACUCCCCUGCACCUGGCGGCUGGCCGGGGCCUCAGUGGCAUCUCAUCCACUCUGUGCAAGGCAGGUGCUGACUCCCUGCUACGGAACGUGGAAGAUGAGACACCCCAGGACCUGACGGAGGAACCCCUUGUACUUUUGCCGUUUGAUGACUUGAAGAUCUCAGGGAAGCCACUGGUGUGUGCCAAUGGAAGCUGCUGACAAGUACCAACUGAAGCCAGGGCAGGGGCUGGGGCCUUGGUAGCUCCACCUUUUACCAUCUGGAAGCUGAGUUCAUAACUGCUGCAGUUUGGACCCAGGCAAUGUGCCCUUUUGGUGUCCUAGGGACUGCCAAGGCCAGAGUCUGGGACCAGUACAGUCUGGAGGGAUUACAAGUGAGAGAGCCAGUCUGGAAGAAAGAGCUUCCCAGGUGGAUGGAGAUUCUUGGAAGACCACCAAAGCCCCACGUAUCUUGGGUGAAGCCUGUCUACCUGUCUUGAAGAUGGCAGGGGCUCUUGUUUCUACCGAUGUUGGGUCAGCCUGAAACUUCCCACCAGUGGGAAAACCAGUGGACUCUCUGAGAAGAGACUCAAAAAGGAUCAAGCAGGGCCCUAACAGGUCCUAUCUUAUUCCUGCUGAGGACUCUAAAAUACUGUUGUUUAAAAAGACUUCACACAGAAGUCUCUUAACUAAGCCUUUGGGGUGGGGAAAACUCAGUAACAUGACACUAAAAUGGAAGAGACUUUUAAAAAGAUUUUCCCUUCUAGAAUUGUUUUGUGUGCAUGCAUAUCUGUGUGCAUUAGAGAUUUUUAGACUGGGCUGCCCUGUGACCUUGUAGUUGAGGCAGAGAAGGAAAUUGUCCUCGGAGCACAGGAGGUACUUGGGGGCAGGGGCAGGCAGUAAAUAGUUCUCAGGCCUUUGUCUAGCACAGACCCUUGCCUUUCCUGUGUGGCAGAAGGAGAGGAGGAGGGAUGAGAAGACACAGACCCUGGAGGCCUCAUCACUGCCCUGGAGGCUGCCAUCUGGGGAGAAAGGUAGUAUAAGGAGGCUAGUUAGAAAGAAGGUGUGACUUUCUACAUUUUUCCUUCCAUUCCACACCUUUGAGGCCCUGCUAGGUCAGGCCUAUCCUGACAUGAAAACGUGAAGGAAUAAACCAACAUAGUUGCUGGCCACUUGGAACUUUUAAUCUAGUGAGUGAGACAGCCAUUAAAGUAACAUACAAAUAAAUAAUAAACAAGUUGCUGUGGUGCUGUGAAGGGAAAGAAUAGUGGGAAGGAGAACAAUGGGGUGGGUGGAAGACCAUGCUUUGGGUA